UCGGAAAGAAAGAAAGAGGACAUCGACAUGGUACUUUCAUAAUCAUAGAUAAAUUAGUAGGGUUAAAAGCAGAGAUAAAUCAGAGAGCAAGAAGAGACUACAGUGUAUCAGCCAGAACUAAUGUUAAUGUUACGAGAUCAUCUCUUGAUAGCUACUGUUUGCAAGCGUGACUCCAUCCAAGGCUGAAAGUUGGCUGAAAUGUUGGGGAAAUAUAGGAAUGCUCAAAGGAUUGCUUCAUUGAUCAGAAAGAAAAAGAUCAGAUGGACAUCCUUCUCCCAGCAUUCAACAAAAUCUAGUGAGAGUGGAAGCCCAGCUGAUGUUGAAAAGAUCCGCAAUAUUGGUAUCCUGGCUCACAUUGAUGCAGGCAAGACCACUACCACAGAGAGGAUGCUCUAUUACUCAGGCACCACAAGGCAUCUAGGAGAUGUUGAUGACGGCGAUACAGUUACAGACUACAUGCCUCAGGAGAGGGAUAGAGGUAUCACUAUCACAUCUGCUGCUGUUACGUUUCCCUGGAAGAACCACAGAAUAAAUCUCAUUGAUACACCUGGUCAUGUUGAUUUUACCAUGGAGGUAGAGAGAUGUCUGAGGGUAUUGGAUGGUGCUGUUACUGUCUUAGAUGCAUCCGCUGGAGUUGAGGCACAAACUUUGACUGUUUGGGAUCAGGCUAACCGUCACACCAUACCAAGAAUAGGAUUCCUGAACAAGAUGGACAAACCUGCUGCUAAUAUAGAUAUGUGUUUAUCAUCCAUCAGAGAUAAACUCAACACUACACCAUUACUUCUUCAGCUACCAAUUGUCCAGUCCAAUAUAUUAUCAGGAGUAGUGGACCUUGUUUCCAUGGAAACUGUUACUUGGCAUAGGUCCAGUAAAGGUGUUGAUGAUGGAUCCAGAUUAAUUCAUUGCCCUUUGUCAGAAAGCCAAGACACCAGCCUCAUAUGUCAAGCAAAUGAUGCCAGAACGGAAUUAGUAGAACAGGUAGCAGAUCUAGAUGAUGAGUUUGCAGACAAGAUGCUCAGUAGCCCGAGCUUCAAUCCUCUUCACAUCUCAUCGCAUGAUCUCAUGGAAGCAGUACGGAGUAUCACGCUACACCAAAGAGGUUUGCCACUGCUAUGUGGCAGCUCAUUGAAGAACAAAGGAGUGCAACUAUUGAUGGAUGGAGUCAAUGAUUAUCUUCCCAGUCCACUCUUCAACAAAGACCCUCUUAUGGAGGUAUAUGGCAAGGAUCUGUGUGUGUAUGCCUUUAAGAUCAUUCAUGAUAGACAGAGGGGACCACUUAUCUUUCUUCGAGUGUACUCUGGAACACUUAAACCACAAUCAGCCAUUUACAAUGCCAGCAGGAAUUGCACUGAAAGAGUGAGCAGGUUGCUGUAUGUCAUGGCAGAUAGCUAUCAAGAAGUAUCCAACGUACCUGCAGGAAACAUUGCUAUAGCUGUUGGUCUCAAACAGACUGUGACUGGAGAUACAUUAGUGGCAUCCAAGGCAUCUUAUAACAUAGCCAAGAAGAAACACUCGCGUCAAGCACCCCUCCUUGAGCCUAUCAAGGUCCCAGAACCAGUUUUCUUCUGCACGAUAGAACCACCUUCUCAAGCUUACCAAGCAGAUCUGGAGAAAGCCUUGGGAUGUUUACAUCGAGAAGAUCCUAGUUUACAAGUGAAGACUGAUGAUGAUACUGGUCAGCUGAUUUUAUCAGGCAUGGGGGAGCUACAUCUGGACAUCGUACAAGAUAGAAUACGCAAGGAAUACAAGAUUGAUGUGGAAUUAGGCCCUUUACAGAUUAGCUACAGAGAGACCAUCACUAAUACAGCUACUGAAUCAGCAACUUUAGACAAGGUUAUUGGUGACAAGCAUCACGUUGCUACGGUGACUGUGUCAGUUGAGCCGUUGGAUGAUUAUAAUGGACCAGUCCAGGUUACUACACUUACCAAUGAUGGCAAGAAAGGCGAUGAGAUGCAUGAAGCAGUCACGGGUGGAGCUCACUCAGCAUGUAGACAAGGUCCCCUUCUAGGCUUCCCAGUUCUUGGUGUAGCUGUGACCAUUGACAAGUAUUCCGUAGCCCCUGGGACAUCACCUACCAUGUUAGCAGCAUGUGCAUCUCAGGCAACUCACAAUGCUUUGCAGCAAGCUUGUGGCAAUCUUCUUGAACCUGUCAUGAACAUGGAGAUCACUACCAGUGAAGAGAGACUGCAAGUUGUUUUGGGUGAUGUAGCCCGAAGAAGAGGUCAAGUUUUAGCUGUUGACAAUAGGAUGAAAACCAAGGUCAUUACAGCAGCAACACCUCUGGCUGAAAUGAUGGGCUAUUCCACAGCACUGAGAUCUCUUACUUCAGGCACAGCUUCAUGUUCCUUAGAGUUCUCCAACUAUCAACAGAUGUCAUUUGCUGAGCAGGACUCGGUCAUCAGGAAACUCACAGGUAUCUCAUGAUGGUCCACCUGUCAACUGAUUUACGGGACUGUCAUGAUGAUCCAUGUAUCAACCGAUUCUCAGAACAUGAAAAAAAUCAUUCAGGAACCUAGAAUUGGCUUUUGGACAUGGUCGUACGUACAUUGGACAUGCAUAAUCCAUGUUCUGCGCUUGAUGUUCUGUUAUGAUAGUCCACCGAUGAAGUGAUUCACAUGACUGUAUUAAUGGUCCAUGUAUCAACUGAUUCUCAGGACUGUUAAAAACAAAACUGAGGAUACUAAAAAAUGGCUUUCGGACAUGGACAUAUGUACAUUGCGCAUACACAAUACAUGUGCUGCGCUUGUGCCGCCGUACAUCGGAAGUAUGCAAGUCCUGGAAGUGGCUCGAAAUUAGGUCCAAGAGGCUGCCUUCGGGCAUUGUGGGCGUAUUGGCAAUAGGGAGAACCGCAACUUAAGAUUGCAUCAGAGAAUUACAUAUAUUUGUUAGUGUAACAUCUUUGUCUUUAAAACAUUACUCAGUAAUGAUCAAAAAGAGAAAAGUGGUUUACGGGCGUUGAGUUUCAUGAAUGACACUAAACCUGACAAAAGGUCUUCAAAACUGAUUAGUGUGAUGCAAUAAAAAAACAUAUUUUUUGUGAAAAUUUGUGUACUUUAUUCUUCUUGAUUUGUGUCCUGCCUAUGUACCGGUAGUGGAAGUGAAAUAUAGGUGAGCUGCAAUUGUGUCCAAAAAGUUUGCAGAAUUUUUGUGUGUGCGGUGUAUUAAAUGAAAGUGUAAAAGGGCGAGGAGUGAUCCUCAAGGGGCUGUCGCACUGUAACAGCACCAAGAUUGUAUACAUUCAGCCACCUUGCUGGCCUUAUAUGAGGAUAUUCAGGAAUCUGGCUUCUGGUGGUUGCUCAAAUAUUGCAACUUUAAAGGUAAAGACCAGUAUUGGAAACGCCCCAAUUU